AUGACAAAGAAUGAGGAAGAAUAUGCGGCCAUGAUGAAUCGACAGCAAGGCGAGUUGGCUGUCCACGGCACUCGGGCUCGGGAGCUCCUUAGCUCUGCGCUUCUUGACAUCAUCUUCACCUCUCUUUCUGCUGGCCAAAGGACCGUUUCUGACAAGCCCGAUGCCGUCCAUCCCGUCAGAGGCUUGCUGGUAUUAAUCAUGCCGUGCUCCAGUCUAUCGCCCUCUCCCGGCCCGGCGGCAGAAAUUGAGACCGAAGAGGGACGUGUCAAGCCAAAUAAGAAGAAACUACAGGGAGGAAUUGUCCGCUCAAUCGGACAACCGGUCUAUCACAUGUACAAAACAGACUCAAUAGCUUCGGAGAAGAUGGAGACGUACCACGGAUAUGUACGCACUCCGGCUGAUGCCAUCAAGCUGUUCGAGGCUUGCCGGUUAGGUCUUCUACCUCGCGUGCAACGACGACUCUCAGAAAAGGAAAGGCAGUCCAUCAGAUCCGGUUCAGUCUUUGUAUGGGAUGAGCGGGAAGCUGGCAUGAGGCGCUGGACCGAUGGCAAAUCAUGGAGCGCCAGCAGAGUAUCCGGUAGCUUCUUGACGUACCGGGAAAUGGAAGGCAAGCGAGGAGGCGGGUUUGGUGGAGGGAGACGAGGCAACGGCAAGACUCCCGAAUCUGGUCGCGGAAGUGACGAAGACCACGACGAUGGCGAACCUGAAGGAUACCGAUACAAGGCCGAUGGUCUUAUGAAGCAAUCUUUCAGCAUCACGACCUCGACCGGCCAGCACCUGCACUUGAUAUCUUACUACUCUCGACCGCAGCCUGGACAGCCAGAACUGCCGCAACCGACUACCGACCCGACUCUGCGAGGGAUUGUGCCAGUCAAAGGCAUGUAUCCUGAGUCGAGCAUGGGCGAGACAAACCAGACACCGGCACUUACGAGGGCCCCAAUGCAGCAACCCUACAUGAUUGCUCCUCAGCAUCACCAUGCUCACCCAGGACAUCAGCCUUACGCCCCUCACUAUGCGCAACCUGGUUACGGAUGGCCUCCAUCACCAGUUGCUACACCUCCCUAUGGGCAUUACGCUCCCGCGCCUUAUCCUCCUGCUGGCCACCAUCUGCCUCCGCCUUACGCCUCGCCAGCCCCCCCGCCGCCGCACCAUGGCUAUAUCACGGCAGCUCCGCCGCCACCACAUCACUAUGCACACGUUCCGCCGCCACCUCACAGCUACGAGCGCACUUCAUUGCCUCCUCUGCAGAAUCCCCCGAAGCCACCCUCUGGGCCUCUGUACCAUAGCCAGCCAUACUCACAGGGACCCACCCCGCCGCGAAUUCACGACUCUCCUCACCAACAAACGCUGCAAGCCGCUGCUCAAGCUGCUAUUGGUGACGCCCGGACAUUGGGUGACAAGAAGCCUCAGGGCCCUCUCCCGGCCUUGGGCCCGAUUCCCAACGGAUCCGGAGCUCCUCAGCAUAACGGUCUACACACUCCUCCAAACCGGACAAUGAGCGCUAGUCCGCCCCAGAGCUCUCACCUGGAGACACACAGUGCUGCUGGCGGCAAUAAGGCGAGCCUGUCUGCUCUGUUGCAUCCUACUCCGGCCCCAAACGCUGAGUCUGGCGCCAAUGGCAGCGCCCAUAGCAGCCCAAGAACAGGUAACGUCGCUCUCGCAGAAAAGGGCGGCGCGAGCGAAGAUGCGCGAGCACUGAGAAUGCUUGACCGAAAGUUCUGCAUUUAGUGGUUGUAAAUCUGAACCAAUCUACUUUUCUUUCUCUUCUUUCUUCCCCUUUUAUUCCUUUUUCUUCAUCAAAGAAAAAUCCAACAAAAAAGACACAAAAAAAUUUACUGCUCUUCGUCUAUACUUAUUUUCUCUCUUUUCUGUUCGUAUAGAAAUACUAGGGCUUUGGGAGU